AAAUAUCGAAAGUUGCAAGUCUCGGUCAAAUAUCAAGCACAUUGUUGGGCAGCUUGGGCGGUCCAACCCGGACCGCGGUCAUUAUUUUUAUUUAGCGCCCAUAGAGUUGCUUGCUGGUCCCGACAGUAACUUUCGACGUUGUAGAGGACGGCGAGAAGGGUCGAUAACGACGACGGCCAAGAUGCGGCUCCGGGGACCUCUUUCCCAUCUUUCCUUUAGGCCAACUUCUUCAUUCUCUUACUGGUUACGUGUUUCAUCAUGCGCUAGGACAUAUGCUUCCGUUGCAACUGCUAUCAAGCCGAAACCUACUGAGGGGGAUGCUCCAGUUUAUCCUUCCUACAACCUCUCGGAGGCGGAUGAAAAACGACUCAGGUUUCAGCGAAAUAUUGGAGUAUCUGCCCACAUUGACUCGGGCAAGACUACAUUGACGGAACGUAUUCUCUACUACACCGGGCGUAUUCGGGACAUUCAUGAGGUCAGAGGUAGAGAUAAUGUUGGUGCCAAGAUGGAUAGCAUGGAACUCGAGCGAGAGAAGGGCAUCACGAUUCAGAGUGCGGCUACGUUCUGCGACUGGGUCGCGACAAUGCCUGACACUGGCGAGAAGGAAAAAUAUGCUAUCAACAUCAUUGAUACUCCUGGACACGUCGACUUCACUAUUGAGGUGGAACGUGCUUUGCGGGUUCUCGACGGUGCAAUCUUGGUUUUAUGUGCUGUGGCUGGCGUCCAGAGUCAAACCACAACGGUCGAUCGGCAAAUGCGAAGGUACAAUGUUCCUAGGAUUUCCUUCAUCAAUAAGAUGGACAGGCCCGGCGCGAACCCAUGGCGAGUUAUUAACCAGAUCAGGACAAAGCUCAAGAUUCCGGCUGCCGCUCUUCAGGUACCUAUUGGUGUGGAAGACCAACUUCGUGGUGUAGUCGAUCUCGUGCGUUGGAAAGCAAUUUAUAACGAAGGCGAGAAGGGUACCACUAUCGUUGAGUCCGAUGAAAUACCUGCGGAAGUUAUCGAUCUUGCCAAGGAGAAACGUCGUGAGCUUAUUGAACAAUUGGCCGAAGUUGAUGACGAGAUUGGUGAACUCCUCAUCAUGGAUGAGGAUCCUACGACCGCACAGCUCACUUGCGCAAUUCGUCGUGCGACCGUUGGUCUCAAGUUCUCGCCUGUCUUCCUCGGUUCAGCUGUCAAGAACACUGCGGUUCAACCCCUUCUCGACGGUGUCUGCACUUAUUUGCCCACGCCAUCUGAAGCUAUAAUGACUGCUCAUGACAUCAGUCAGCCGACGUCUGCUCCUCCUGUUCCUCUCGUUGCCGCUGCUGCAGCCCCGCUCGUCGCUUUGGCUUUCAAGCUCGAAGAGGGUCGUUUCGGACAACUUACCUACAUGCGUGUCUACCAGGGGAGCAUGCGCAAGGGUCAGUUCAUCUACCACGCUCGCACCGGUAAGAAGGUCAAGGUACCCAGGUUAGUUCGUAUGCACAGCAACGAAAUGGAGGAUAUUGACGAGAUUGGCCCCGGCGAAAUUUGCGCCAUUUUCGGUGUCGAAUGUGCAUCCGGAGAUACGUUCACUGACGGUUCUACCACCUUCUCUAUGACUUCUAUGUACGUUCCUGAGCCCGUUGUGUCUCUUGCCUUGAAACCACUUGGUCAAGAAACUCCUAACUUCUCUCGCGCUCUAAACCGAUUCACGAAGGAAGAUCCCACUUUCCGUGUCCAUAUCGAUAAGGACAGUAAGGAGACUAUCAUCUCAGGGAUGGGAGAACUUCAUCUGGACAUUUACGCGGAGCGCAUGCGACGUGAGUACAAGGUGGAAUGUGUCACUGGCAAACCUCGUGUUGCAUUCCGCGAAACCAUCAGUCAACGAGCCGAUUUCCACUACACGCACAAAAAGCAAACUGGCGGUGCUGGUCAAUUCGCUCGCGUGAUUGGUUAUAUCGAGCCUAUGGAGAAGGAUGAGGAGACCGGUAAAGAUGUUGCAUUCGAGAACUCCGUCAUCGGUGGAAACAUCCCGACGAACUACAUUCCCGGAUGUGAGAAGGGAUUUUACGAGGCUCUUGAGAAAGGUUCACUGUCUGGUAACCCCAUAUCCGGAUGCCGUCUCGUUCUCACGGAUGGUGCAUUCCACUCCGUUGAUUCCUCCGAGUUGGCCUUCAGGUUGGCUAUCAUCGGUGCUUUCCGUGAAGCCUUCGCCAAGGCUGCUCCUCUCAUUCUCGAACCCAUCAUGACUGUCGAGGUUGUUGCACCAUCGGAAUUCCAAAGUGCGGUAAUCGGUGGCAUUAAUCAGCGUCGUGGAACCAUUGUUGACAGCGAAAUUCGGGAGGACGAAUUCACGGCGAUCGCGGAGGUUGCCUUGAACGACAUGUUCGGAUACUCUAGCGCGCUGAGAGGCGUCACCCAAGGCAAGGGUGAAUUCAGCAUGGAGUACAAGACACACCUUCCUGUCAUGCCUCAAGUUCAGAAGGAGCUUGAGACUAGCUACAAGAAGACUAUGCCACAGUCUAAAAAGUAACCUCCCUACUCAUCAUAUAGAUUGUUUUCGCUUUGCAGUAUUUAUCACACACAUACGUACGUCACACCUGUUUCUAUUAUCACUAUAAUUCAAGGCUGUAUUCUGGACUCCUUUGGCAUAGUGUAUAUCGUCGUGAAUGCCCCUUAAAUGGAUCUUCUCGGAUGUUAUCGUCUAAUGAGCAUGGUAAUGGUGCCGGAUGUUGCGGAAGAUUUGACAUUGUUCAGGUUAUUAUAGCUGGAGUGCCUUCGCCUCGCUUCCGCAUCGAAACAUUCGUUCGGUUUGUUGUCAGUGCUCACCACUCAGUACAUAAGACACUACGCUUUGAAUAGUGUUACGCCGGCACCAUGGCCCUCAUCAUACUGUGUGUCUUGGAUCCCCUACCACUCAAAGUCUUCGCAUUGUCGCUGACGAUUUCUUUGUCGUGCUGGUACCAUCCAGGCAUGCCAGCGUAUCUUCGUUUGGAACCUCAUAUGACAUUAUUCCAUCGAUUUAUGCGAUGGGAUAUUCAUCACCGAUAUUGCGCUUCCCUUCACUACCUAUCCGCGUGUGGACAAUUAUCUUUCCGUUGCUUCAUAAAUUGGAUGGUCUCGUUUCGCUAUUGACAACCCAAUGUCACCAUUGGUCUUUCGGUAUUACCAAGUUAUCACUGAUUUUAAAGUCAGCGGAACAAGGUGUAUGUUAAUGUUGAAUUUCGGAGCAAGCAUACACUGUAUAUCGUGGAUGGCCGUUAUCGCGCUCGUCCCGCACGUACAUUGGUCUGUUUCAGACCGCAUUCUUCCUCAGUAAGAAAACUCCAGUUUAGCUGAACGUGCAGUCCAGACUCGUUUGCUCAUAGAACGAUGCCGUCAAACUUGUUUCUGUUUCCAAAUCCUCCACUAUCAUGUUCUCGACGUCAGCAACAUAUACCGGUCUGUAGAUGCCAGAAACGUGUCAAGGACAAGGACGGCAAGGACAGGUUCCUUCGCACUGUCUAUCAACUCCUCUCGACUAUUAUCUCAGUUUGCGUCUCACAC